CAGAGAAGCACCGGGCUGCACAGGGGGUGAGGCUGGGGGUGAAAAUGAUCCUUAUACCUUCCAUUAACUGUAAAUACCCUUCUCUCACCUCACAUUCAGGGAACCCCUUAGCUAACCCCUGAGAACUAGGAGGAGGAAACAUGAGAUGAAGAGAGAACAGAGAGUUGCAGGCCCAGGCCCAUACGGGCCCUUGCUCUGGCUGUAUCUUUUCAGCUUCUUCGAGUGUCCCCUGUGCAGGUUAAGGAAUUCAGUUGGUGAGAGGUCUCACUCCUUUCCUCCACAGGCAUGGGGGUAUAUGGUUUUCGUCUCUUCCCUAGAAAGCCUGGUGGUCUUGGUUCCCACCAACUGAUAGCCCCCUUACUCUUUUCUUCUGUGACUCUCUGAAAAGACCAUGGGCUUUAGAGUGAGCGUAGUCUAUUUUUGAAUCCCAGCACCACUGCUUGAAUAGUUUAGGUAACUCGCAUAUUUUCUUUCUAAGCCUGACCUCUCACCAGCAAAACAGUUAAUUCUUGGAGAGUUGACAGGUUCUAGUGAGGUAAUGUUUGCAGCCUGCCUGGCUCAUAGCAGAUGCUUAAUACAAUGUCAAGUUUUCUCCUAUUCCCCCUUCCCCCCCAGAGCAAAACCAAAGCCCCAGUUCCUGAAAGUUACCAGGCACAGGAAGUGUGGGGUCCCAACCAGCUCCUUCCGAGACUUUUGAUGACACUUUGUUUGAGCCUGACUCCUCCUUAUUCCUUCGCCCUCUACCCAACUCCCUCCAUACCCUACUCCUGGGUUUCAGGUUUGUUUUGCAUAGCUUUUGUGGUCCGUAGUUCCAGUCUUCUCUUUCCCAGCCUCCCAAAAUUCUUCUCCAAGAAGGACUUUCUUAUCUAGAUGUCAGAGGAUGUGAAACAGGGAGAGAUGGAGAUGAAGGGUAGGGUUGGGCAGGGGCCAUGGACUAAAACACUUAAAGAACUUCCCUUUCAGGAGUGUGGAGUGGCCAACCUGGCAUAGACCAGUGUCUGUUUGGAAGGGCAAAAAAGGGAGUGGGAUUUAGUGAUGUCAUGGGAUUGGAGGACACUGGUGGACAGGGGUGUGGUGGGUGGUGGUUUUGUAGGAAAAGGAGGAGGCCUUGAAACUGUAGGUGAGCCUUAUCUUGGAAAUUCAGGACAGGCACUGGGGGAACUCAGAGUGGGGAGGACAUGGGGACAGAGUGUGAAAAGAGGGGUGUGGGCUGGUUCACUGAAAAUAUGGGAAGUGAAAGGAUGUAGGAGGGCUUGCCUUACCCUCUGACGCGGUCUGGGGGCAGUCCCUCCGCCCAGACUGCGAAAGCCCCCAGACGUCCCCUGAGGACGCCCUAGCACGCGGCCGGAGGGGACCGCGAGGAGGGAGGAGUCUGGAGCCGUGGGCGGGCCUCGAGGAUCCGCCCCCACCCCCUUCCUCGCCCGGCCCGGGGCGCUCCCCUCGUCUGGCUCCCCUCCCUUCCGCGCUCGUGCGGGAGGGCGGAGCCGGGCUAGCUCCAUUGUGGAGAGGAGGGGAGAGGCGCGCGGGAGCCGCGCCGAGGCCCCGCCGCCAGCACGUUCGCCUCCUGGUCGCCGCGGCUGCACCUGGCGGGCCCCGCAGCCGUGAUGCGGCCGGCGUCCGGCACUGGCGGGCAGCGCAGCGGCUCCGGGGUCAUGUGUGCUGGUCCAGACCACCUGCGACCAUGAGCCUGACCGCCCGCGUCUCCUGCUCCAUGCUCAGCUGCUUCGGUGAGGAGGGGCCCCCCAGCCUGGAGUACAUCCAAGCCAAGGAUCUGUUCCCCCCCAAGGAACUAGUGAAAGAGGAGGAGAAUCUGCAGGUGCCCUUUACAGUGCUGCAGGGUGAGGGAGUGGAGUUCCUGGGCCGGGCAGCUGAUGCCCUCAUUGCCAUCUCCAACUACCGGCUGCAUAUCAAGUUCAAAGAUUCUGUCAUCAACGUCCCCCUCCGGAUGAUUGACACUGUGGAGAGCCGUGAUAUGUUCCAGCUGCACAUUGCCUGCAAGGACUCCAAGGUGGUGAGGUGCCACUUCUCCACUUUCAAGCAGUGCCAAGAGUGGUUGUCACGGCUAAGCCGGGCCACGGCGCGACCUGCCAAGCCUGAAGACCUCUUUGCCUUCGCCUACCAUGCCUGGUGCCUGGGGCUGACUGAGGAGGACCAGCAUACCCACUGCAGGCACGGGGGCUGUGUUGCAGGAGAGCACAUACGAUGUCGGCAGGAGGCUGAGCUCACGAGGAUGGGCUUUGAUCUGCAGAAUGUCUGGAGAGUCUCCCACAUCAACAGCAACUACAAAUUGUGCCCCAGUUACCCACAGAAGCUCCUGGUUCCUGUGUGGAUCACAGACAAAGAGCUGGAGAAUGUGGCUUCCUUCCGCUCCUGGAAGCGGAUCCCGGUGGUUGUGUAUAGACAUCUCCGCAACGGGGCUGCCAUUGCCCGCUGCAGCCAGCCAGAGAUCAGCUGGUGGGGCUGGCGCAAUGCAGACGAUGAGUACCUGGUCACAUCCAUCGCUAAAGCCUGUGCCCUGGACCCGGGGACAAGAGCCACUGGGGGCUCCCUCAGCACUGGGAAUAGUGAUGCCAGCGAGGCAUGUGACACUGACUUCGAUUCCUCCUUGACCGCAUGCUCUGGAGUAGAGAGCACCGCAGCCCCCCAGAAGCUACUGAUCCUGGACGCUCGCUCCUACACAGCAGCAGUGGCCAACCGGGCCAAGGGUGGAGGCUGUGAGUGCGAAGAGUACUACCCCAACUGUGAGGUCGUGUUCAUGGGGAUGGCCAACAUUCACGCCAUCCGGAACAGCUUCCAGUAUCUCCGGGCUGUGUGUAGCCAGAUGCCCGACCCCAGCAACUGGUUGUCAGCCCUGGAGAGCACGAAAUGGCUGCAGCACUUGUCAGUGAUGCUCAAGGCUGCCGUGCUCGUGGCUAAUACCGUGGAUCGGGAGGGCCGGCCUGUGCUGGUGCACUGCUCCGACGGCUGGGACCGGACGCCACAGAUCGUAGCUCUGGCCAAGAUACUGCUGGACCCAUAUUACAGGACACUGGAGGGCUUCCAAGUUUUAGUAGAGUCUGACUGGCUAGAUUUUGGACACAAGUUUGGAGACCGCUGCGGCCACCAGGAGAAUGCAGAGGACCAAAAUGAGCAGUGCCCGGUGUUCCUCCAGUGGCUUGAUUCUGUUCAUCAGCUGCUCAAGCAGUUCCCCUGCCUGUUUGAGUUUAAUGAAGCAUUCCUGGUCAAACUGGUGCAGCACACGUACUCCUGCCUCUACGGCACGUUCCUGGCCAACAACCCCUGUGAGCGAGAGAAGCGCAACAUCUACAAGCGGACCUGCUCUGUGUGGGCUCUCCUGCGGGCUGGCAAUAAGAACUUUCACAACUUCCUCUACACACCUGGUUCUGACAUGGUCCUGCAUCCUGUGUGUCAUGUCCGGGCCCUGCACCUCUGGACAGCUGUUUAUUUGCCAGCAUCGUCUCCAUGUACACUCGGGGAGGAGACCAUGGAUCUCUACCUUUCUCCAGCGGCUCAGAGCCAGGAGUUCUCUGGCCGCUCUCUGGACAGAUUACCUAAAACCAGAUCUAUGGAUGAUCUGCUUUCUGCCUGUGACACAAGCAGCCCCCUGACUCGCACAUCUAGUGACCCGAACCUCAAUAACCACUGUCAGGAGGCCAGAGUAGGCCUGGAGCCCUGGCACAGCAAUCCUGAGGAAUCCGAGACCUUCGUGGAAUCUGGGGCAGGAGGUCCUCAGCAGACUAUAGGAGAAAUGGGUCUUCCUUCCCCUCUGCCCAGCGGCCAGAAAGACUACUUGAGCAAUAAACCCUUCAAGAAUCAUAGAAGCUGUUCUCCAAGUUACAAACUGCUUAGUACUGCAGUGCCCCAGGAGAUGAAGAGCAACAUCUCUGAUCCUGAGAUUCAAGUCCUGGAAGAGACGACGACACCAGCUCUAGACCCUCCUGCCCACAAUGAGCUGAGUAGGACUUUAGAUGGCACGGAGGAACUACCUGAACCUUGUCCUGAAAAAGAAGCUGUCGGUGCACUCUCUGAAGUGGCUUCCAACAAGGGUCAUGGAGUUUGUGAUUUUCCUGAGUCUUCCCAGGACUCCCUUACAGGUGCCCCCCAACGUGCCCUGAUAAAUUCCAUGCUAGGUGUGCCCUCCAGAUGUGCUCCAGAUCACAGUCUGGGUACCCUUUGCAACCCACUGAGUGCUACCUGCCAAACUCCUCCAGAGCCAAGCACUGACUUCCUCAGCCAAGAUCCCCCGGGGUCUGUGGCAAGCAUCUCCUACCAGGAACAGCCCAGUUCUGUGCCAGAUCUGAUUCAUAAGGAGGAAUACACUGGCAAAAGAGGGAAUAUUAGGAAUGGGCAGUUACUGGAAAAUCCUCGCUUUGGGAAAGUGCCAUUGGAAUUGUCCCGAAAGCCAGUUUCUCAGAGCCAGACCAGUGAGUUUUCUUUUUUAGGAUCCAACUGGGACAGCUUCCAAGGAAUGGUGACUUCAUUCCCAAGUGGGGAGACCACUCCUCGGCGGCUGCUUUCCUAUGGCUGUUGUAGCAAGAGGUCAAGCAACAAGCAGGUGCGGGCAACAGGGCCCUGCUUUGGGGGCCAGUGGGCUCAGAGAGAAGGGGUGAAGUCACCAGUCUGUUCUAGUCAUUCCAAUGGACACUGUACUGGUCCAGGAGGGAAAAAUAACCGGAUGUGGUUGUCCGGUCAUCCAAAGCAGGUCUCCAGCACAAAGCCUGUUCCACUGAGCUGCCCUUCUCCAGUGCCUCCUCUCUACUUGGAUGAUGAUGGACUCCCCUUUCCUACGGAUGUGAUCCAGCAUAGAUUACGGCAGAUCGAAGCAGGGUACAGGCAAGAGGUGGAGCAGCUACGUCGACAAGUGCGUGAGCUUCAGAUGAGGCUGGACAUCCGUCACUGCUGUGCCCCUCCAGCAGAGCCGCCCAUGGACUAUGAGGAUGAUUUUACAUGUUUGAAGGAGUCCGAUGGCAGUGAUAUAGAAGAUUUUGGCUCUGAUCACAGUGAGGACUGCCUUUCAGAAGCAAGCUGGGAACCUGUUGAUAAGAAAGAGACUGAGGUGACUCGCUGGGUUCCAGACCAUAUGGCAUCACAUUGCUAUAACUGUGACUGUGAGUUCUGGUUGGCCAAACGAAGACACCAUUGCAGAAAUUGUGGGAAUGUGUUUUGUGCUGGCUGCUGCCACCUGAAGUUGCCCAUUCCUGAUCAACAACUCUAUGACCCAGUUCUCGUCUGUAACUCAUGUUACGAACACAUCCAAGUAUCUCGUGCCAGAGAACUCAUGAGCCAACAUCUGAAGAAACCCAUUGCUACAGCUUCCAGCUGAAUGCCAGAGGAGAUGACCUGUCCAAUUUUAGCAGGUUUGAAGGGAGGAUCUGCUUCAGGUGUAGUUUUGAAGGUUCCUUGGUAUGGCUCAUGAAAUCACAGAGCUCAAAGUUAUCGUCUUGAGAAAUCCUCCUUGGUACCAUAGACUGCAGCAGAGGAAUUCCAGUUUGGCAGGAGGUCUUCUACUGGUGAGACCCUCACCUUGGGGUAAUGGUCCUGGAUCCAGACCGAGUCUGGAAGCUUAAUGUUGAGUUGGUGACUCCCACUUUUCUCCUGGGGGGGGUCACAAGAUGAUGAUUUCAUAGAUACUGCCUGAUGAUGUGCCCCAAACAGCAAUAGAAAGGCAUAUGUAUAACCAAACUCCAAGUGAUAAACAGAUUCAUCUCUCCACCUUGAAAAAAGCAGAUUCUAGUAUAUAAGAUAGGAAUUCCUAUUUGAAACGAACUAUAUCCUGUUCCUCUGUGCUCUGUGUCUGUGCAUGAAGGCUCAGUCUUUAGAGGCACUCCCUCUAGUUGCAGUAGUGCUGUCUUUCUGUGGAGUUGGUAUAAAGACUGGUUCUGCAAGUGGAGGUUUUGCUGUGUCUUUUCACUUGGCUCAUCAGCCAGCAUCAGUGAAUAUUCACUUUAGAGCAACAGUUCUAAGGAGUGAGACAUUUUGGGGAGCAGAGGAAAACUCUGCUGGUGUUCCGUUCUGGCAAAAAUCUGUUAUUUGGAGCUGUGAAGGCAGUAAGUAGUCUCUGUUACUCAGUGGCAGCUCUUGAGGUAUGCACUGUGAAGAAUGAGAAGGGAAAAGCAGAAAUGAUCCUUGUCAAAUAUUUGCUGAUUGUGCCCUGCCCUUUGCGCCUGACUUUUCCUAGUUGUCCUGGUGCUAACACAGGAGUUACACCUUGAUCCUCUCCUGGCAUGAAAAUAAAACAAUGGUUUUUUGUUGUUGUUGUUGUUGUUGUUGUUCCAUUGCCCACUUCCCUAAUGUUGUCUUUCCCUUGGCUGCUGCCUCCUCUGGGUCACACUGCUUCUUAUCCUGAACACUUGACACCUUGAGGGUAGAAUUUAGCAUUUGGUUUUUACCUCCUAGAAUAUGCUGUUUGGUAUGUGAGGGUUUCAGUACAAAUGCUGCUGUCUAUUUCUGUGCACUUAACAAUGGAACCCAAACAGAAGAGAAUAAAGCCUUGAUACCAAAAUUGGGAGAGAAAAUGCGUCCACUUGGACCAAACAUUGGUGGGGUUUUUUUUUUGUGAUUUUUUUUUUGUUUGUUUUGUUUUGUUUUUUGUCUGUCUGUUUUUUUGUUUUGGUUUCAUCUUAAUAUGUACCAGUGGCACUUAACCAAAAGAUACAGUGACAUAGCCAUGUACUGUGGUUGGGACAGAUAUAGUCUCCUUGACCUAUAAUGAAACCACUAGUAUUUCCUUUAUACAUUUUCCUUCAUCCAUUGGUGUAUAAAAGGUAAAUUACACUUAGGCUUAUUCUGUUUUAAAACUAUGGUAGCUGUCUGUCUAACUGCUACUUUCAUGUUGCUUCCUAGAAAAAAAAUUUUCAUUUGAAAAUAACUAGGAUCUGCAUUUAGAACAAGAAUUGUUACUUGUCCUGACCUUUUCUUCAGUCCUACAGAGAAGCAUCUGUGCUUUUAUACUUGUCAUGGAUGUAACCUAAAAAGUUUUGGCGUAUUUAGGUCAGCCUAGCAGAACUUUUUUUCAUUUAAAUGGAGUUGAAUAAUGGAGAUUUGUGUCUGGGAAAUUCCUGAGAUCAUUGAAAAAGUAACAAACUAUUCCUUGUCUCUGAUAUGUAAAAUUCUCCUAAGCAUUUUCUCAAUCAUUAAAAUUUACUGCCAGUUGCGAGUGGCUUUUUAAUUAACUUGACUUUCAUUGCACUUCACUCUGCCCAUUUUCAGGGGGAGUAAGAUUGGUAACAUUUGAGGAGACUGUAUCUGUUUACUUUUGUGUGGCUGUUUUGAGGGACUGUCCCAUCAGUGAACAUACUGCAUGGCCUUGGAGAGAGACUCUGGGCUCUCAGCUCAGAUGUAUUCAUCAAAUACUCCUUUCAGAGCUCUUGUGGGUGUAAGUGACAUGAUGUGGCCAAAAAUCCAAACUGUGCAGUUGCGUUGUGACAAACAUGCAAUGUGCUGUAAAAACUCAAUACAAUUUAAAUAAAAUCUCUAUAUUAGUG